AUGCAGGAGCUCCUACAUGGCAGCAUGAUCUUGGAGGAUUCUGCCUUGCUGCAGGUGCCGCUCGUCACAAAGGAGUUCAUCUUCGCAGUCUCGAACGGCCUUGUUGACGUUGUCCGCUUGAUUGUCAAAGUCUGCGCGGACAGGGUGUUGACCGACGGUGAUGGCAAGAGAGCUCUCGCUUGCGCGUCUGACAUGGGCCACGUCGACAUCGUGCGCUUGUUGGUCGCAGCUGGUGCUGACAUGGACUUGCCAGACUUUGACAGCAAGACGGCUCUCAUGUGCGCAUGUGAAAAUGGGCAUGUUGACGUCGUUCGCUUGCUCUUAGACGCUGGCGCUAACAAGGACUUGUUGGACGGUUGGGGACACUCAGCCCUAGCGUAUGCCUCUUUCGCCGGCCAGGCGGAAGUUGCGCGCGUGUUGUUGAAAGCCGGCGCCGACACUGAGCUGGCAGACAUUGGUUGCAAGACAGCCCUGCUUUUCGCAUCUGAAAAAGGCCUCGUUGAAAUUGUAUGCUUAUUGCUGGAAGCUGGUGCUGACAAGGACCUGCAAGACAUCGAUGGAAAGACUGCUCUCAUUUGCGCAUCUGAGAAUGGCCACAUUGAGGUUGUGCGCCAGCUGGUAGAAGCAAGUGUUGCAAAGGACUUGGCUGAUGACUGCUCGAGGACGGCCCUCAUUCACGCGUCUCAUGCUGGGUACGUUGAGACUGCGCGCUUCCUGGUGGAAGCUGGUGCUGACAAGAACUUAGCAGACAUGGAUGGCAAGACAGCCCUCAUCUAUGCUUGUGAAAAUCAGCAUGUGGAGAUUGCGCGCUUGCUGGUGGAAGCUGGUGCUGCAACGGACUAUACUGCAAACGACUACUGCAGAACGGCUCUUAUCUGCGCAGCUGAAAAGGGCGACUUGCAGAUCGUACGCUUGCUGCUGGAAGCAGGUGCUGAUAAGGACCUACCAGACAUUGAUGGAAAGACGGCUCUCAUGUGUGCAUGUGACCAUGGCCACGUUGAGAUUGCACGUUUCCUGGUCCAUGCAGGAGCUGACAAGGUCUUGUCGGACAGUUGGGGGCAUACCGCUCUGGUUUAUGCAUCUUUUGCGGGACUGGAUGAGAUCGUGCGCCUGCUGUCAAACCUUGGGGACUAG